AUGAAGUCAUACGAAGCAAUUGAAAAAGAGAAUUCAGCUAGCUUUACAAGCAUGACUCAAAGAAUAUCAUUCCCACGUCCUGAUGAUCGCAUCUUACCUGAUCGAAUAUUGUGCCAAUCACCGCCGCAACAGUCACAAUCUGAUAAGGAAAAUAAGGUUAUCGGAUGUCUUCUUGGCCUCGCUAUCGGCGAUGCACUUGGGGCUAGUGUGGAAUUUCGUCCUCAUGAAUAUCUUGUGGAAAAGCCUGUCCUAGAUCUACAAGGUGGUGGUACGUGGGGUCUUCAAGCCGGACAAUGGACAGAUGAUACUUCCAUGGCGCUAUGCUUGGCUUCAUCGCUUCUAACACAACGCAGGUUUAAUACAUAUGAUCAAAUGGUUCGCUACAAAUGGUGGUACAAGAAAGGUUUUCUCUCAUCAACUGGACAAUGUUUUGAUAUUGGUAGUACUACUCGUGCUUCCAUAGAAGAAUUUUGUCAACGACAAAAUAUUCUUAGAAAACAUUUUCCCCAUAUAACGGAAGAACGGAUCGAUAGUUUACCGUUAGAGGAGGUCAGGAAAGUAAGAGAAUUCAGUGAAUUCUGCGGUUUACCAGGACAAGCGGGCAAUGGACCUUUAAUGCGUCUUGCACCCGUACCUCUGUUCUACUAUCGACAACCAGAAGAAGCCGUUCAGUUGGCGGGCGAAAGCGCUCGUGUCACCCAUGGAGAUGAAAAGGCUGUUGAUGCUUGUCGGUACUUUGCUGCGCUGAUCGUCGCGGCAGUCAAUGGGGAAUUCAAAGAUCAAUUGUUAGAUGAAAAAUUUAUCGAAAAGCACAGGCCAUGGUUUAAAUCUCAGCGGUUACAUCCUGAAGUUGUUGCUGUAGCGAAUGGAUCGUUUCGACGACCAGGUGGCUAUAAAGAUGGUAUUCGGGGCAAAAAUUACAUAAUUCAAACAUUAGAGGCUGCACUCUGGGCGUUUUGGUCCGAUGGUAAUAAUUUUGAAACCGGUGUUUUGAACGCUGUUAAUCUUGGAGAUGAUGCUGAUACAACUGCUGCUGUUUAUGGUCAACUGGCUGGUGCAUACUAUGGUUUACAGGCUGUUUCCUCUCGAUGGGGACGUCAAUUGUAUGCUCAUAAACUACUCAUUUGUAUUGCUGAAUGGCUAUACUUUGAUGGGAACCAAAAUCAAAGUGGUGCUUCUUCCCGACAACAACGAAUAGCACCACAAAUUGGCUUACAGACACCAAAAAACUCAUCUGUAGGUAUAAUGGGUUACGACAAACAAGACCCACCGAAAGCAGUAUCACAUAAGAAUCCUUUUCCGCCAGAAUUCAAUCCUCAUCGCCCAAAAGAGAAUCAAAGAUUAGAUGGAUCUAAACUACCCCCUGCAGGUAAACGUAGUGGUCUUUGA